UAAUUUCAACACUAACGUUAGCUCCCUAACCUAUCGAGCUUCGAUUGACGCCGAUCUCGGGCUUCUGAACCCACUCCCUUCCCCCGCUCCUCCCCUUCCUGCAACCCUUGGUUCGUUCAGUUCCUUCUCGCUUUGCUUUUCCAAUGGCAAAGCCCUCCCAACGGAUCAUUCAUGGCUUCCAAAGGCUCUGCUCCCACGACAUCCAUCCAAACCCUUUGUCCCCAAACCCCAUUUCUUCUGGCCAGUCUAGGUUCGUCAAUUCCAGGCACCUGAGCUCCAAUCUCUCUUCCAACCAUCCGUCGCCCUCAGGAAUCUGGAGAGGAGCUUAUUAUAGUGAGGUUUUGUCCAAACCCGCAUCUCAAAAUGGUAUCUUUGCUCGUUUCCGCUCGCCAAAGUUCGAUUCAUGCUCUCCACAGCUCAAUAGCUUCAACAGGAAUUGCUCUUAUGGGAAUCUCCCAGCUGGAUUUUCGAAUUCGAGGCAUAUGAGCUCCGGAAACCCUACCAAGUUGCCAUCUUUUUCUUCUGGGAUCAAAGGGCUUAGUGGGAUCAAAGGGCUUGGUGGGAUCAAUGAGAAUGGGUUCAGAAACAGGUUUUUCUCAGUUAAGAAUUACAAUUCUGUCAAGUUUAAUGGAAAUUUUGGAAAAUCGGUGGUUGAGAAGCCGUUAUCUGCUGUUUCAUCGGCAUUCUCGCGGUACCGUGAGGCAGUUGGAUUGCAGGUUGAGGCAUUUUGGAAGAGAAAUUACUUGGUCCUUGUGGGGGCUGGGGCAGUAGUCGUCUGCAUUGCACUUUGGAGAAUCAUGUUUGGAGUUGCGAGCAUUUUUGUAGGGCUUUCGGAAGGCAUGGCCAAGUAUGGGUUCCUUGCUUUGGCAACCGCCAUGGUAGCUUUUACUGGCUUGUAUCUUCGUUCAAGAUUCACUAUCAAUCCAGACAAAAUUUACAGGAUGGCAAUGAGGAAGUUGAACACAUCUGCUGGUAUUCUAGAGGUGAUGGGUGCCCCUCUAACUGGGACAGAUGUGAGAGCUUAUGUUAUGUCUGGAGGUGGACCUAGAUUGAAGAACUUUAAGCUUAAGUUUGGUGGCAAGCGGUGUUUCCUCAUUUUCCCCAUCAAAGGAUCUGAAAGGAGGGGACUAGUAAGUGUUGAGGUCAAGAAGAAAAAAGGCCAGCACGACAUGAAACUACUUGCAGUUGAUAUCCCAAUGGCAUCAGGGCCUGAUCAGCGGCUGUUUCUAGCUGGGGACGAGAAAGAAUACCAAGUUGGUGGGGGGUUGAUAUCUGAACUAAGGGACCCCAUAGUAAAAGCAAUGGCUGCAGAGAAGGAGUUUGAAGAUCUAGAUCAAAAGGAGGAGGAAGAAGAUGCAAUCAGAGAGCAAGAGGAGGCAGAAAGAAGGCUACAUGAGGAAAAAGAAAGGGCACUUGAAGAGGAAGAAAGAAAACGCCGUGAGGCUGAGAUGCUAGAAAAAGGUGGUUCAUAGAAGUGAUGGAUGUUCUUGUUGUGCCAUUUUUCUCUUCUUUUUCCGGAUACAAAACGACAACAUGCUCCUUUGUGAGAGAACAGAAUGUCCGAUCAUAUCACAAAGGCUUCGGCCGAAGAAGCCUGAAAAGGUUUUUCUUGUCUCGUUUUUCUUAUCCGUCACCGGGACAAUGGUUUUAUGAUCACUUAUGAAGCAUUAAAGCAUACAAAGCAUUCAAUAAAUACAGUCACAAAAUAUUGGGAUUUUUGCAA